CCCUCCAUAUCAUGUGAUUCAGGUGUUCCAAUCCCCUCCAUAUCAUGUGAUUCAGGUGUUCCAAUCCCCUCCCAAUCAUGUGAUUCAGGUGUUCCAAUCCCCUCCAUAUCAUGUGAUUCAGGUGUUCCAAUCCCCUCCCAAUCAUGUGAUUCAGGUGUUCCAAUCCCCUCCAUAUCAUGUGAUUCAGGUGUUCCAAUCCCCUCCAAUCAUGUGAUUCAGGUGUUCCAAUCCCCUCCAUAUCAUGUGAUUCAGGUGUUCCAAUCCCCUCCAUAUCAUGUGAUUCAGGUGUUCCAAUCCCCUCCAUAUCAUGUGAUUCAGGUGUUCCAAUCCCCUCCAUAUCAUGUGAUUCAGGUGUUCCAAUCCCCUCCCAAUCAUGUGAUUCAGGUGUUCCAAUCCCCUCCCAAUCAUGUGAUUCAGGUGUUCCAAUCCCCUCCCAAUCAUGUGAUUCAGGUGUUCCAAUCCCCUCCAAUCAUGUGAUUCAGGUGUUCCAAUCCCCUCCCAAUCAUGUGAUUCAGGUGUUCCAAUCCCCUCCCAAUCAU